AUGAGUCCAAUAUUGACUCACCUUUGCGCAGUCGAUCUGCUCAAGAUCAAGAGAGUGCAUGUUCAGACGGAAGUUUCUCCAUUACGUGUACUGGGGAUUCAUCUGCAGGAGGUUUCCGAGAUGACUCAAACCCAUGACAACGGAGAAGAGUUUAACGAGGAGAGCGACGGUGAUAUCAACCAGUUGGUGAGUCCCACCAACCAUUCCGUGAAUGACAGCAACUGGUCGGCUAUCAACACCAACCAGUCUGUGAACGAUGAAGACGAGUUGGCGGACAAGCCCACCAAUGAUACUAACCAGUUGGUCACCUCCAUCGUGCAGCUUUCGCAAAAGCAAAAGAUUCACAAGAAGGUCGCGAUUGUGUUUCCGAAGAACUACGUUACCAAAUGUAUCGCAGAUAUCAACAUGUAUCGGAAAUCGCUAGCAAGUGACCAUGAUCGUUGCAGAAUGGGGGUAUCUAUCAAGAAACGUGGUACAUUCAUCGAGAAAGAUUUGAUCACGAUGAGAAAUUGGCAUGAUGAAUCGCCGAAGUUCGUCGCUUUUAGUGACCUAGCUAAGGCUAUCACGUUUCACACGUAUUCCGCUACCUAG